ACAGAGGCACGCAGGCCCCUCCCCGCCUUCAUCAUCAUCCUUUUAUCCAUCCACCUCCUCCUUCUCCGGAGAAAGCAGCGACAGCCGCCCCAGCUAGCGGGGGAGGCGGGCUGAGACGGACAGACCGGCCCCUCCCCUCGCCUUCCUUUCCCGGCACCGGGCACCCUCCCCCCCUCCCGGCUAUUGGGCGGUAUCUGCUCCCUUUCCGCCGGGUCCCCAGCAGCUGAUCUGGGAGAUCCCAGCCGCUGCCGCCGCUAGUGUUUCUUGCUCCUCCUCGCUGGGAUCGCUCAGGAUCCGGUGUUGGGAUCUGCCCGCCGCCUUUCCUUCCUCCCCCCCUCCCUCAGCUCCCAACCGAGAUUGCUUCCUCCCAGCUGGGACCCCUCGACCAUCAAAGAGGCUGUCGCUUUCCACCAUCUCCCACAUCCGCUCGUCCACCUCUCCGUUCCCGGGGCUCUCUGCCUGCCUGCGGGAUGGCUCCGCCGGCGGUGGGCAUUGGCAACCAUCGCUGAUUUGGAUCUCGCCUCUUCUAGGAUCUCUGUCGCUCUUCGUCGCCAGAGGGGCUCUGCCCAUCCUCGAGCCCCGGCGCGGAAUUUCGCCUACCUUGGACAGCGCCCCAGGGCUGGAAGAAUAAGCCAAGAAGACCUGGGUCCAGAGCAUCCUGUCCGUGGGCUGGGGAGAUAUGAUCUCCAAGAGAAAGAUGCUGCUCCUCCUAGAGCUGAGUUUGCUGGUGAUAUUAGAAGCUGGGGAUGGGGCAUUCCACCUGAACAUCACUGAAGGCUGCAAACUCAUCUUCCCCCCUUGGGAUGGUGGGAUCCGCUACCGGGGACUGACCCGUGAACAGGUGAAGAUGGCCCGCUUCCUGCCUUUUGACUAUGAGAUCGAGUACGUGUGCCGUCCAGAACGUGAGAUAGUGGGGCCCAAAGUGCGCAAAUGCUUGCCCAACGGCACCUGGACUGACAGUGAUGUGGAGAGCCGCUGCUUACGGACCUGUCCCAAGAUGCACCUAAGCCUGGAGAAUGGGCAAGCUCACGCCCGGGCAAUAGAGCGGGUUCCUGUAGAAGGCACCUGGGUGGAAUAUCGCUGCAACACUGGCUUUCACCUGGUGGGCAGUCCUCGCAGCAACUGUACCAAGGCAGGCCGCUGGAGUUCUGCAAAGCCUGUCUGCGAAUCACCGACGCUGGGCAGCGCCAUGGAGGAGCCGGCUCCGGCGCCCUCGCCGCCGCGCCGUGCAGCCGUGCGCCCUGGCCGCCCCCAGCAGCAGCAGCAGCAGCAGGCGCGCUCCUUCCCCUGA